AUGGAUUCCUUAGUGGAUGGAAACCACACUGUUGUAACAAGAUUUGUUUUAUUGGGCUUAACAAGUAAUAUACUCCUUCGGGUCAUCCUCUUCGUGAUCAUCCUGUGCAUCUACCUGGUGACCAUAUUUGGCAAUCUCAGCACAAUAAUUCUGAUCAGAACCUCUUCUCAGCUCCAACAUCCCAUGUACUUUUUCCUAUCCCACUUGGCUUUGGCAGACAUAGGGUCUACAUGUAAUGUCACACCCAAUAUGCUUGUAAACUUCCUGGUGGAGAGAAAUACAAUCUCCUACUUUGGAUGUGGCUUCCAGCUUGGUGUAGCCGCUUUCUUUGGGGCAACGGAGUGCUUCCUUUUGGCUGUCAUGGCAUAUGAUCGCUUCGUGGCCAUCUGCAACCCACUGCUUUAUUCAGCCAAGAUGUCCACACAAGUCUGUGUCCAGCUACUCCUAUUGUCUUACUUUGCUGGUAUUGUCAAUGCUUGCUCCUUUGGCACUUGCAUGUUCUCUUUAGUCUUCUGUGGACCAAAUGUAGUCAAUCAUUUUUUCUGUGAUUUUGCUCCUUUAGUUAAACUCUCCUGUUCUGAUGUCAGUAUUCCUACAUUUGUCACCUCAUUUAUUGCUGGCUUUAUUGUUUGGGUUGCUGUGGUUGUCAUAGCUAUCUCCUACAUCUAUAUCCUCAUCACCAUCCAGAAGAUGUGCUCCACUGAGGGGUACCACAAGGUCUUCUCCACUUGCACCUCCCACCUCACUGCAGUCACUCUGUUCUAUGGGACCAUUACAUUCAUUUAUGUGAUGCCCGAGUCCAAUUACUCAACUGACCAGAACAAGGUGGUGUCUGUGUUCUACACAGUGGUCAUCCCCAUGUUGAACCCCCUCAUCUAUAGUCUCAGGAAUAAUGAGUUCAAGGGGGCUCUGAAGAGAGAGCUUAGUAGAAAAAUAUUAUCUUUGUGA